UCAAGAAUACAAGUUUUAUUUGCGUUCGGUUUAAAUCCUUUUGAUUCGGGGAUCAACAUUUAUCCAAACCCAGCCAUAAUGCCGUGCACACCUGCUCUAUUGGAUACGAGCUCGAACCGCUUUAGUCCAAGUGUGCGGAUCGGUAAUUGGUACGAGGACUCGUGCCUAGAAGAGCAUAAGCAAAAUGUCUUCAAAAGGCAGAGAGAUCGCGGGGAACUGCUGGUGGAGAAGGCACGAGCCCUCUUCGAUAACUUCCACAAGGAGGUUGUGCUAAAUGCGCCCAAGAAGCAUCUGAGCUUUGGUGCUGUGGUGCAGAUCAUGCCGAUCUACGUGAAUCUCUGCGAUGUGGACACAUCCGACAUGAAUCCGGCGCUGUCGGUAAUCAUCAAUGAGCAGGUGGUUCGGAGCAGCCAGAGCAUCAACGAGGAGUGUGAACUGACCGUGGCGCCCUCGGAUCGUUCGUGUGUGCGAAACUCGUUUCGCAUUGUCAGUGGAGACAGCACCGAUCGCACGAAUGAGGUCCUCAAGUAUGGCCAGCACUUUCGUUUCGAGUGUGUGGAGCCCGUCGACGAUCCCAUUUGGUUGUACAGCGCCCCCAAGCAAUGCAACCUUUUGCACCCCAUCAGGACAACGUUCGACUCACAUAAGCAGGGCGAGGUCAAUUAUCCCCUUGGACUCGUUCAUCGCAGCAACUGUGGAAUUGGACGGAAUGUUCCCACCGCUCAUUCGAAUUGGUUUUGUAUACACGUUGAUCCCAACAAGCGCUUCGAGAGCGAAGGCAAGGAGAUGCCCAGCAAUUCGCCUAUUGUCAUUGUUCAUGCGGCCACCAACAGAAACCUGGCAGUUGAGAACGUUGUUAUACAGACCUUAUUUGGGCCCGAGUUUUUGGUGUCGGUGCAGAACUACCGCAAUAUUUACAGGCGUGAGACGUGGAAGAAUGUGUGGAUGAUUAGCAAUGGCCACCAGACGAACGCUAAAAGGGUUCCGCACUAACAAAUUCAAUGUAUUAUCGGGGGAACCUAAACUUCUGCAAAGAUUGUUUGGGACUAGAAAAUAGCACAGAUAAAAAGCGAUUGCACCGAUCGAGGUAUUACUUCUGACAAAACCACAAAUUCGGAUUGAAUGCACAUUUCAUCCCAGUUGGAUGGGCUUUGUGGUAACACCUGGCAUUUCUGCAAAAAAGGAAACAUAUGUAAAGCCUGUAGAUACUCGUGAUAUACUUUUAAUUUGUAAAAUAGAUACUAGUAGUGGGACGUCCAAGAAAAAAAAAAAAUAAAAGCAAAUAAUAAUUAAACAAAAACUGAA